UCUUUCUUCCGGUUAUAUGCCGCUUUAGAUAAUUUUAAUCAACAGAAUGCUGCAAUAGUAUACUUUUAUUCGCAAGUCCGAACAGUUCAAUUUGCUCAUUACAUUAAACUCGGUCAAACUUUUUGUUUAUUCUUUUUUAUUCGUUUAUGCAUACUGGCAUGGAACCGGAUCGUAAAUAUACAAACUAUCGGCUCUCGAAUUACAUGCAAGAGGGCGUUGCAGUGUUGAAAACAUCAUCAACGAUAGAAUAUAGUAAUAGUAGAAGUGGAAAUCGUGGAAACACGAUUCCUAGUAUCUCGCAAGUCGUAUUCGGUUUGUAUUCUAAAGCAGAACCUUCGGGAAAAGGAAGUUUAAAUUCCGAAUGAAAAUUUCUAAACGUCAAGAAAGCGUGCAAGGAUAAGGGUAUAAAAACUACGAAAAAUUUCAUUGAAAAAUCCUGUUACAACUUAGGAGAAAAAGGAUCUGGGUUUCGACCACGAGCAGCUGUUCAAGACUUCAACACACUCAGGCGAGAAUGUUUGUCAACGGGCAGGCUCUUCGAAGAUCCCGAGUUUCCGGCAACGGACUCCUCCUUAUAUUUUUCGAAAAGUCCUGACAGACACAUAGAAUGGAAACGUCCGAUGGAAAUCGUGGAUAAUCCACGGCUAUUUGUGGAAGGUUUCUCCAGAUUCGAUAUUCAGCAGGGUGAAUUGGGAGAUUGUUGGUUACUCGCUGCUGUUGCGAAUCUAACUAUGGACAGUAAUUUAUUUUUCCAAGUAGUGGCGGAAGAUCAGAGCUUCGUAGAAAAUUACGCCGGUAUCUUUCAUUUCAGGUUCUGGCAAUACGGUAGAUGGGUGGACGUAGUGAUCGACGAUAGAUUACCUACUUAUUACGGUGAAUUAGUGUACUUGCGUUCAGCGGAGAGCAACGAGUUUUGGAGUGCCCUCUUAGAAAAAGCUUAUGCGAAGCUUCAUGGCUCGUACGAGGCGCUGAAAGGUGGAACCACAUGCGAGGCCAUGGAAGACUUUACGGGCGGUGUGACGGAAAUGUAUCAAAUGGAGAAAGUCCCUCCGAAUCUAUUCAGUAUUCUGCUAAAAGCUUUUGAAAGGAACUCGUUAAUGGGCUGUUCGAUAGAGCCCGAUCCAAACGUAUUGGAGGCUAAGACGCCUCAAGGACUGAUCAGAGGCCAUGCUUAUAGUAUUACACGCGUCAAGUACGUGGACAUUCAAACGCCAAAUCGUUAUGGAAGGAUACCUCUACUUAGGCUUAGGAAUCCCUGGGGAAACGAGGAGGAAUGGAACGGUCCGUGGAGCGAUCAAUCACCCGAAUGGAGAUUUAUUUCCGAUAACGAGAAGGAGGAAUUAGGCUUAACUUUCGACGUGGACGGUGAAUUUUGGAUGUCGUUUCAAGAUUUUAAGCAAUACUUUACGCAACUAGAAAUAUGCAAUUUAAAUCCGGACUCGUUGACCGAGGACGAUUUAAACGCUGGUAAAAAGAAAUGGGAAAUGAGCGUGUUCGAAGGCGAAUGGGUGCGAGGCGUUACAGCUGGCGGUUGUAGAAACUUUUUAGAAACAUUUUGGCAUAACCCUCAGUAUCGCAUUACGUUGGAUUAUCCGGACGAAGAUGAUGAUAAGUGUACAGUAAUCGUCGCGUUGAUGCAGAAAAAUAGGCGUGCACAGAGAAUGAUGGGCGCAGAGAGCCUCACUAUUGGAUUCGCAAUAUACCACUUGGAGAAUCCUGCACGACUACCGAAACCGUUAGACAUCAAUUUCUUCGCAUACAAUGCAUCGGUCGGGAGCUCGCCGGUAUUUAUAAAUUUACGAGAAGUUACGUGUCGUUUCAAAUUGCCGCCUGGUGUCUAUUGUAUAGUUCCAAGUACAUUCGAUCCUAACGAGGAAGGUGAAUUUCUGCUUCGAAUCUUCUCCGAAAAUCAGAACAACAUGGAGGAGAAUGACGAAGAAGUCGGUGUUGGAGAAGUUGAUGACAGGAUUCAAGGUGAACCAGAGCCAGACCGAAAUGAAGAUAAAGUUCGAGAAUACUUUAAGACGCUUGCUGGUGAAGAUAUGGAAGUAGACUGGAUGGAAUUGAAAGAAAUCUUGGAUUUUGCAAUGCGAAAAGGUAUCAUUAUUUACGUCCAGUUUUCCGUAUUAAUUGCAUUCUUAGAUAUCUGUCUCUUUGGAAGUAUUUUUCUAAUUUCAGAAACACACGAUCAAGGAUUCAGUAAAGAUGUGUGCCGUAGUAUGGUCGCCAUGCUGGAUGUGGAUCAUUCUGGGAAACUCGGGUUCGAAGAAUUCAGAACGUUAUGGAACGAUAUAAGAAAAUGGAGGGCGGUUUUCAAAUUAUACGACAAAGACGAGUCAGGAUACUUGAGCGCAUUCGAAUUGCGACAAGCGUUAAAUAGCGCGGGUUAUCGACUUAAUAAUCACAUUUUAAAUAUUUUUGUACAUCGUUACGGAACGAAAGAAGGCAUGAUCACUUUCGAUGAUUACAUAAUGUGCGCAGUACGACUCAAAACAAUGAUAGAUAUCUUUAGAGAACGAGAUCCGGAUUUAACGAAUACGGCGACGUUUACAAUGGAGGAAUGGAUAGAAAAAACAUUAUACUCGUAAUCUAAUCCGUGUGUCAAAACAGAUCGAGAAAAAAAGGUUAUGGGCCCAGCAUCAUGAGCGUAGCAAAUUUGCAACAUAUAGAAAAGCUAGGAGAUGGUAAUUAUGAGUCAUGGAAAAUCCAGAUGAAAAGUGUUUUACGCCUUAAUGAGCUGUGGACACUCAAAGACGAGAAACCACUCGAUUUAAUUGUAUUGAGUUUGCAUAAAACGCAGUUUAAUGAUAUCGAACGGGUUGAGAUUUCAUUGGACGCAUGGGGAGCACUGCAAAAGGUGUAUGAAUCACAGUGCGACAGUGCAUUUUGUUUAAGCAAUUGUACAGGAUGAAGAAAGAAAGAAAGAAACCGUAAUACCAAUUGUGCUGUUAACGUCUUUACCUGUUCAGUAUGAAACAUUUUCUAUAGCCAUUGAGUCAAGGGAAACGAUGUCUACCCUAGAUGAGCUACGAGUAAAACUACUGGAAGAGGAGAUCUGAAAGACAGACAAUGACGUAUCAAAAGAUGAUGAUAAAGAGACAGCGUUGUUAUCUAACAAGAAAAAUUUUCAAGAGAAGAAAGCACAGAGGGAAUGCUUCCAGAAGCAGUGGCCCGACAAUACUUACAAUAGGAGGCGUUCUGAUAAAUGUUUUAUAUGCUGUAAGCCUGGACAUGUAGCUAGAUUAUGUAGGAACAAGCGAAGAGGUGUCACAUCGAGGAAUCACACAGAAGAGACGAUGCUAGCAAGUGCGUUCAACACUGGUCUCUCCACAUCAAACGUGUGGUAUCUAGAUAGCGGAGCAACGACACACAUGUGCAAGGACAGAAGAAUGUUCGAGGCCCUAAAUGAAGAACACAAGGAAAAGAUAUACACAGCCACAGAAAGCAGCACUUCCUCGCAAGGUAAAGGAGAAGUAAAAAUGAGAGUAAGCUCUCGAAAGACAAACAAGUAAGCAACAUUACGUUACAGGAUGUAAUGUUUGUACCAGAAUUUCGUACUAAUGUAACGUCAGUCCCUAGUAUCACUGAAAACGGAUAUAGCGUAACGUUCAACGAGGACUCAGCUGUCGUAAAGCGAAGGGAUGGUACUGUUGUACCGACAGCACCGAAACAAAAUGAUUUAUAUAUUGCCAAGGUCUCAGGCAAGCAGCAGAGCAUGUUCACGGGUAAACAAGAUAACAGACUGACGAGAUGGCAUCAGAGAUUGAGUCAUCUGGAUUACAACGAUUUAAAGAAAAUGUAUGAUAAAGGCAUUGUAGAUGGAACGUAGAUGUUUCGACAUGCUUGUUCAGGCCAUGAAGAGCAAUCGAAGGCAACUGUGACUAGCUGCUAUAGAAAAAGAGUUAUGCAAAACGGAACAUGGGAACUAGUAGAUGAACCAAAGGGCUACAAGGUACUUACUAACAAGUGGGUGUUCGGAGUGAAAAAGAACCAAGAUGGUACGGUAAAUAAGUUCAAGGCAAAACUUGUAGCUCGUGGAAACGAACAAAAAAAGGGUAUCGAUUUUGAUGAGGUGCUCGCACCAGAGAAAUGUAGGAAAUAGGUCUGAUAAAAGUGCAAUAUGUGAACACAAAUAAAAUGGUAGCGGAUAUAUUUACCAAGGCUCUGCCAAAGAUUAAAUUAGAGAAAUGCGUUAAUAUGUUAAAUCUAAGAUGUUAGUACACAAUCGCAAUACAAAGAUCGCAUUCAUGUUUAUGUUUGCGUGUUGCAAAUUAUGUACUUUGUUAGAGAUAGAGACUUUAUGUUUACGUUGUGUAUUUGUGCGCGGCAAAUUAUGUAUUUUAUUAAAGGUUAAAAACGUUUAUACACAAAACUAACAUUUCUCAGUGUACUUCGAAAGGGGGAGCGUUAAGAUAUUCGAAGAGACCGCUCGAGGUCGAUUGUUUGUUGCGUAAUCGAUAGCGUUGCGGUUGCAUCGUUUUCCUUCUGUGUCGUGUUUAUUUAUUACAAAUAAACCAGUGUG